GUCCACGUGUUAAAUAGGUGGUUAUUUGGAUAGAUGCUGCUGAAAGCUGCUGCUACCUUCCCCAGGUCAGGAAUGAAACACACAGGCCCUGGUGGGGGCUCUGGUUUUUUCUGGAAUUGUUCUGCUGGAAACUGUUCUCCAUGAAUUGACAGCUAAUGAGACAAGCAGUCGGAGCAAAUGAAGGGCAGUGCUCUCCUCCGGUGUCCAACCUGUGGGCUCCUCCUAGGCCGAGGAAGCUCACUGCCCAGGCUGGGACAGACCCCCAAACAAGGGGAGCUGACAGCUCCACAACCCUCAGCCCGUGGGGACCGAAGCAGGUGAGUCUCCACCCAGCCUCUCUCCUUUGGACCAGCAUGAACUCUGGAGGCGUCUGGGUGCAGCUGCCUCAGACCCUACUGUCUUCAGCGGGGACUGAGGUUGCAGUUUAGCUGGCUUUCCUGCUCCUACUUCCCCGGGUCCCCCUCAAAGGAGCCGCCUGCACCCCUGUGCCACCUCACUCUGGCUUGGCCCUGCUCCUCCAAACCACCAGGCCUGCCCUCCCUUGUCCUCACAGAUCUGACAAUCUCCACAGUGCUGUGCAGACUUCAGCUCCAAGAAGCUGCAAAUGAUCGAGAUAAAAUCCUUUCCUGAGAGUGUCAUGAACCGUGGCCUGUUUGAGGGCAAAAGAGGAAAUGAGAACCAAGACAAGCCAAGACUUCCAAGUGAGCCCUGAGACACCUCUUGGCUGGCUGGGUGGCCAGAGAUCCACCCUGCAGGAGCCGCACCGAGGCAGGUGGGCCACAUCUCCCAGCAAGUGGCACACAAGAAGGCUCCUCCCAAGAGGAGGCAUCUGUGGUCUUCCCAAAGCUAAGGCAGCAGGUCCAGGAGCACAGCCAGUCACUGGCCACCUGCAGGCCUCUACACUGCAGACCUGGCCACGCAGGUGGUGCCCAUGGCCCCUUGCAAGUGGGCCCAAUGUGGUGGAACAGGCAGAACCUGGGCAAUUGUCCUGCACUCCUGGCCAGCCAGUGCGUGGAUGCUCCUGCCAGGCAGGACUGAGCCACUCCCAGUCUGGCCAGUGCCAGACUUUUCUCAGAUCCAGCCACGCCCUCUCUGGACACGGUCUGGACACUAGCAGACCCAGCAGGCAGUUGCCUCCCCUGGCUGGCUCUGACCUCCCACAGCACAAGGAGAGGAUGCACUGCACUUCCAGGCAUCCAGGCACUGAAGGUCACUGCUCCGUUUCUUUCUGCUACCACUAAUUCAAAACAGGACAGGGAGCAGUGAGGCAGCAGCCAGGAGAGCUGCAGACCCCUUCACCCGGUUGCUGGUGGGCUCCAUCCAGCCGUACCACCCACACAUGCCCACCUCCAGCUGCCUCGGCCCAGCUGCACGGACGGACUCAACGGCAACCACUGCAGCAGCUCCCAGGUGACUUCUUACAGUCAGCUGAGCUUUGCUUUGAGUCAGCGUGCACGGUUCCCAAACGUCGGUGGUGAUUUUUGUAAGUGAGGUGGGAGGUCACCACAGGAAGUGGGGAGGCAUCCUCCCUUCCCGCUGUUUCCCGCCUUUUCCUCCUGGCCGUUGCCUUUCUAUGUUGUCCUCCCUGCUGCCUGCCCCAGCCCACACUGAGCAGGAAGGCGGGUGUGGGCGGGGAGGGGAGUGGAAUGGACGGAAGCAGAAAGGGUGGUGCCAUCGUCUCUGGCCUAGCUUCUAUUUGAUCAUUAGUUUCAAUUCAAGAAAACAUUCUUUAGAGGGAAUUUUAAAAAUUAAUCACAUGCACCUCUUGAGUUAAGAAAACCAAGUGUCACAAUCGUUGUUACCAUGCAGGUGAGAGGAGAGAGGACGGGAAAGUGAAGGGGCAUGAGAAAGGUGGAUGGCACUGAGCGUCUAUAUAUAGCCGCGCACAUGCUGGCCCUCCCAGCCCACAGCCCCAGCGGCAUCUCCCCCACCCUACAACGUGGAGGUGGACAUUGCCCCAAGGUGAGGAGCACGUCAGGGUGGCUUCCAGGUUCAGCUUCUGGCUCAGGCCUCGGCCUUCAUGUGCGCAUUCUGCUCCAGAACAUUCCUGUUCAUGCGAGGUCGUCAUUCACUGGUGGCCGCUUCCGUGCACUUCUCAAUGGCAGUGCUCGGCACGGCGUGAUGCUUCUGAGUUGUAGUUUCUUCAGUGUGGUUCCCACAGCCCCUCCCGAGGCGGAGGAUGCUGCCAAGGAAACCGACUCAGCACGUUUGCUGGUGAGCUAUGGAGCUAUCAGUGAGGUGUGGAUUUCUGAGGCCUCUGGUGGGAGCCUGAGUGAAGGCCCUGAGUGUCUAGACCAGCCAGAGUGUCUGAGUAUAGGUCAGCAAACGUGGGCAAACGUCUAGGAGGUGGUGUCCUACAGGGAGCCGAAGGCCCGUGGGACAUACCAACUCAGCAUUCCGCUGGAGGCUAUAUAAUCAAAGGGCAAACUUUAUCAUGAAUGCAGGAUGUGCACAAACUCACACCGCCCUGCCACCAAUAGGUUUGCUAACAGACAUCACUCCCUAGCUCCGGGCUCCUUAAAGUUAUCUGCUUAAACAAUCUAGCCCCUAUUGUCCAAAAAAUGCAAGCCUACUGUGAACCAAACGGCAGACUGACAACUACCCAGCAAUCACCCCCCCUUUCUCACUAUCUCUUUUGCCUAAUAAAUAUGGAGGGCUGUGUACAGCUCAGGUCCCUGGUCCACUAAAGGCCAGGUGCCCCCGACCCCUUCUUCCAAAUAUACUCUUUUGUCUCUUGUCUUUUAUUCCUGCUUUCGCCCCCGUUUUUUCAGUCCAAUAGGUCUGCAACAGUGUCCCGAGGGUAUGAAUCCUGAAAGACAACUCUCCACUAAGCAGGUAUUUACCAAGUUAGUGCAUGUUUCCCGGGUAUUAAGGGAAAACAGUAACAUGUUCUGUACGGGGGUCCCUGUGCUGUGUUGCACGAGAAGAGAGUGUGUCUUUUUACUUUUUUAAUGUGGCUCAAUAAAAUUUUAA